AUUCACCCAGCUAGUGAACUACCAGGUACCUUAUAAAACGGAGCAUACAACGAGAUACAAACAUGGAAUACAUAGAGGUGACUGGAGCUGAUGUGGAGCCUAUAAAGGAACCAUUAGAGAAAAGCUAUAUCCACGUUGCAUCUAACCAUGCAAUUACAUCUGACACCAUGUAUGACUUGAUGCGCAAUUUGAAGGACAGCGAACAAGAGGCAUUUGUAUUCAUGAAUCCUGACGCAUCUCACAAGAGCAGCAUCACAUUUAAAAGAUGGGUGGCUAUGUCGGAGAACUUCGCUGUAUCAAUGGCAGAAUUGGGCGUGAACCCUCGUGAUAAAGUUGGUGUGAUCAUACCCAACUGUGAAGAAGUCGUGAUCACUGUUGGAGGGUUAAUACAUUGUGGUGCGCUACCAGUAUUCCUGACAUACGACCUUAAAAGCGGGAAAGACAUAGAGGUUAAAUCAAGGACACUGAAAUCAAGGUGAUCAUAUUACACAUUGG